UUUUAAUCCAAGGACUUCAUUUAGAGUCUGCCGGGAUUUAUCUUUAUUUCAUCAGUGUCUGCGCUGUGAAAUCUGGACAGAUUUUGAUUCAUGAUGUGAUACACUAAAUGACAGGAGGGGGCAUUUCUGCUUCAAACUGCACAAAGUUGGCUUCGGUUAAAAUUUGUCUUGCGACUCAAAUUGCGGACGAAGCCAAAUAAUGAAAGUGCUUAAAACAGCACAAAACAACAGCCACCUUUUUUUUUUCUUUUUUUCCCCCCUUUUUUCUGACACGAGCUUAAAAUCUCACUCUCCGAGCCAGAGCCGUGAUAAGACUGCGCGCCGCCUGACGUACAACUCUCCAACACAUCACCAGACCAGUUCCCUCACUGCAGCGGCAGCAGACAACUGGACUGUAAUUAUUAAACAGAGGCAUGGAGGAAGGGAGGCUGACGGGUGAAAGGCAGACUGAUAAAUACACAAAGACAGAGGCAGGCUUGAGGAUGGAUAAUAAGGUAGAGAGACACGAAUAGUUACCAGAGCGCCAGAUGGAUGGGCAACAAGACAGGUCGACAAAUAGCAAGGCAGUCAGGAUGACAGCUCGGAAACACCUAAAUCUGAGCUCGUCUCCAAUGAAAUCAAUGGAGGUGAAUUUCUAGGAAUAUAUUCAAUUUGUACGUUGCCUCAAUGAAAGCACUAAAUGAAAAUUUAUAUUUAAAAAAAAAAUCACCCUCUUUACUCAGUUUCAUCCUUUUUUUCAUUAAUGUGAUUGGCAGACUAUACAGAGCGGAUGAGAGUACGGGUUUGUAGUUGCUGUGGCAACGGCCUGCUCUUUGUUAAAGGCUACAUUCCUGGCAUCUGAUGUGUCUGCGCCGCGAUCGAUAAAAAAAAAAAAAAAAAAAAAAAACAGCCUGCGGGGACUGAUGAACGGACCGGGGAUUUUGCCUUUUGGCCAGGCAGGACCGGGGAGGGAAAAGGAGUCAGGCGGGAGAUGUGCGGACAGGAGGACGGCGGGGAGAGAUGAGGCAGCGGUAGACAGCAGAGGGAUAGAGAGAGGGGGGGAGAGAUGUGGAGAUGCGAGCCGUGCAGACGAUGAGCCGGGCACAGGGUGGAAGAGGAGCGAGUGGAGAGAGUGCGUGCGCCGCGGCUCCUUCUGCCUCAUCUCGGCUAUUUUCCGAACGUCACUCACCUCACUAUCAAAGUAAGGGCUCGUUCGUGAUGGUGCUCUCUGUGGACAAGAAGCUGUGCCAUGACAGAGGCCAACGCGGGUAAAAGAGACAUGCAACACCCAGUCCCGCACCACGGCCACCUUUUCCUGGGCGGGGCCUUGCUGCUUCUGCUGGCCAGCUCGGCUUUGAGCUGCCCCGCCCGAUGUGAAUGCUCUGCCCAGAGCAAGUCAGUCAGUUGCCACCGUAAGCGUCUUCCCAGCAUCCCCGAAGGCAUCCCCAUUGAGACCCGCGUCCUGGAUCUCAGUAAAAACAAGCUACGCGUCAUCACGCCAGACAACUUCUCCUCAUUCCAGCAGCUUGAGGACCUGGAUCUCAGCGACAACCUCAUCACCGCGGUGGAACCUGGCUCAUUUCGCUCCCAGCUUGCCCUCCGCUCGCUCAACUUCCGCAGUAACCUCCUUCAGCUGGUUCUUGCUGGCGUGUUGUCAGGCCUGACCAACCUCACCCACCUCGAUCUGAGUCACAACCGACUUGUGGUUCUUCUGGAUCAUGCCUUCCAAGAUCUGCGCCGGUUGACAUCCCUGGAGGUGGGCUAUAACGAACUGGUUUUCAUCUCUCAGCGGGCCUUUACCGGAUUACUUGGACUUCAAAGUCUGACUUUGGAACGAUUCAAUCUGACCGUGGUCCCUACAGAUGCUCUGGCACAUCUGCACAAUCUGGUCGAACUGCACAUGCGUUACCUGAGCAUUAGUUUCCUUAAGCCUUUCUCUUUUAAGAGGUUAUCUCGUCUCCGCCAGUUAGAGAUUGAUUUCUGGCCUUCGCUGGAUACCCUGCCUCCCCUCUCACUGCACGGCCUCAACCUGACCACCUUGUUCAUAACCAACACUAACCUGUCUGCCUUCCCUGGGGCGGCAUUGCGCAACCUUCCCUACCUCACACAUCUCAACCUAUCCUACUGCCGCAUUCAGCAUAUCCACCAGGGAGAGCUGGGUCAACUCCCACACCUGGUGGAGCUCCGCCUGCAAGGGGCGCAGCUGAUUUCUAUAGAGCCCUUUGCUUUUAUGGGCCUCAAAUCAUUGCAGCUCCUGGAUGUGUCACAGAACCGCUUGGACUCCCUGGAGAGGGGAGUGUUUGCCUCACCAGACAGCCUGCAGAAGCUCUGUCUGGGUGGAAACCCAUUAGUGUGUGACUGUAGAUUGCUUUGGCUGCUCAAUAGCCACAAGCCUCCCUCUCUGCAGAUUCUGGAUGUCCAGCCUGAGUGCAGUGCGCCUGAGCACCUCCUGGGGAAAACUCUCCGUGACCUUAAGGAACCUCUGGUCUCCAGGUACAUGACCUGCACCAAGCCACGGAUUGGACCCAACACGACACAGCUGCUGAUGACUGAUGAGGGUCAACCUGCUCGUUUGAGUUGCUUGGCAGAGGGUGCGCCUAGGCCCUCGGUGGUCUGGAUUACACCUCACAGACGCUACAUCACAACAAAGAGCAGUGGCAGGGUGGAGGUCCAGCCAGAUGGUACUCUGGAGAUCAAGGCAGCGGAGCUGCAUGACAGCGGGGUGUACUUGUGUAUUGCCAGUAACCCCGCUGGCAAUGCUAGUCUGUCCGCCUCUUUAGCUGUGAAGAGCCAGGGCAUUGGGGAUAGAUCUCACUAUAGCAACAGGAGCUCAAAUUAUCUGACAGACUCUAACAGCACAUGGGGGAAUGGGACAAUACUGUACAACAUGACAGUCCCUAUUGACAUAAAGACUAUCAUUAUAUCUACAGCCAUGGGCUGCCUGUCCUUCCUAGGUGUGGUUGUCUUUUGUUUCCUGCUUCUGUUUGCCUGGAGUCGAGGGAAAGGACGCCAUAGGAGCAACUUUGAUAUCGAGUAUGUACCUCGUAAAUCCAACGGGGCAGCAGCAGACGUGACAGAAACCAGCGGCCCACGGCGAGUCAACAUGAAAAUGAUUUGAAAAUGACGCAGAGUGACACACAUGAUGGCAACGUCAACAACACAGUGCACACAUAUCAGCCGAUAAAAAUGUUUUUUCUAUCACACAGUGGAUUUGUGACAAACGAAAGUGAUGUACUAUUAUAGUGGGUGUCGAUAUGACGGUAAUCUAGUGAUAAAGUGGACUUGUGAAUAUAAAAGUGAUAUAUGAAAACCGUGGACGUGUUUAUAUGAAAUAAUGUUCUCAUACAGUACACUGAAUAUAAAACUAUAACCAACAUAUCAAUAUGGGAGUGAUAGUGUUGCACUAGGCAUGUGAUUCAGUGGUGAUGUGAUGAGUUAUGAUGUUGUCGACUCACCGUGACAUCAAGGUGAAGGAGGGAACCGCUGGGAGUGACAGGGGACAUCUUUGCGUGGCAGUAGACCUAUCAUCGCUGCGACAUGUCAGGACUAAAUUGUCUAAUACCCAUCUUAGCUGCAGUGUGAGAGGUGUGUGUUGUGUUCAUGUGUGCGCGCGUGCGUGUAUGUGUGCGUGCAUCUGUGGGCGCAUGUUGCAUUUGUGUGUCUCUUUGUGCAUGUGCACGCAUUGCCUUUCUUGUCGGACAGAACAAUUAAAGUGAAUGAUGGGGUCCAAAGCAUUUUUCCAGGCCUUUGCUCUUGUUCGGUCAUGACAAAACAACGGUUAUGAUACUGUCGAGUAAAACAGAGCAUUAACUAUGUUUGUAUGCAAAAUCCCAGUUAAUAUAUUCAAAAGAAAUGCUGCAUAAAUUUUCAAAUAGGUCAUUGCCCCCCUUGGAAUGACUUAAAUGAGGAUUUUUAUAAACUCAAGGAAAUGUAGUUACAGUGUGAGGCCAAAGCUUUGUCUGUACCAUAGAGCUCACUUUCCUGCAAAACAAAAUGUUUUUCCUGAGAAACGGCACUGGUCAGAAGUGUUAUUGCUCUGGAAAGGCUUCUAGCUGUAGAAAUGGCAUGUUAAACCCAUUUUAUAACAUAAUAAAUCACAGGCAGAUUUUCCUGCCAGACAAAUCCCUUGAUAUGAAAUAAAAGAGUCGGUGGCCAGACACAAUGGCAAAGAUUUACUGGCCGGUGCCCUCUUUGGGACGAGACAAAGUUGAGCUUCACAGAUUUAUGGGUUGAAUUCCCGCUCCUGUCUCAUUUUUUUUUGAUCACGCCACUUCAAGCUACCGUGUCCGGAUUCUUCCCUGGGGGUACCAUGGGGUCCUGGGUAUUUAAUAGAUGGCGAUUUUGAAAGUUGUAGUGGAAUCUUGUAUUGUUUUGUUUUGUUUGUUUUUUUGGAAAAUGUUUUAAAUGUUUCGAGAAAAAAAAACAAAAAAACUGUAAAAUGAUUAAGGGCAAUUCUUUGUAAUGCAGGGACGUGGGUGUUAACUUGUGUGAUCCUGUUGUGAUAAAAUGUUCAAGGUUGUAUAAUUGUUUUCAUAUGACAAAUUUAUGGGUAUAUUUUCAAAAGGAAAUAAAUCUUAAUCAUACCCCUAAAA